AUGGGGCAUAGGCUGGGCAGAGGUGGUGCUGAGGCGGAGCGGCACAAUGUCCGAUUGGAGGUGGCACAGCCCGACAAAGGUGGCAAUGGUCGACGGGGACCAGAGCGGCGCAGAGGCUUGCCGGCGGGGGUCGAAGAUCGGCGCCGGAGCGGCGGCCGGCGACGGGAAUCUUUGUCGGCGGGGGCUGAAGCAGUGGUUGACGAUGGGAAUCUUUGCUGGAAAGCAUCACUGGAGUGGGAGUCUAUAGCCUGCGUUGCUGGGUGGGGCUGGCUUGACAGGUCCACAGGGUCGUACGGCACCGGAUUGUCAGUGGAUGGUCCGGUGGCCAGGGAGCGGAGCUCCGGUGGCAGGGCGGUGGCCAGGUGGCAGCCUGGUGGUAGAGUGGUGGCUGGCCGGGAAAAAGGGUCUGGUAGUGGCGAGGCCAGGCGAGGGUCGCAGGCUGAGCAGCAAGGGCCAAGGCUGAGGCCGCAUGGCGGCGGAGCUGGGGAGCGGCGGGGCCAGGCGGAGGGCUGCAAGCUGAGCGGCAGGGGCCAAGGCGAAGCACGGCCGAAGCUUCAGCAGUCGGGGAUUGGGGGCCGCUGGUGGCGGUGGGGAGCAGGGGUUCCGCUGGCGGCGGUCCGAAGGGCAACGGCGGAUGCCGGAGGGCCGGCGGCAAGGGCCGAGGAAGAAUGUUGGAGGGCCAACGACGAGGGCCGAGGAAGAACGCUGAAGGGAGUCCAAAAGGGGGCCAGCGGGGGCCGAAAAGUAUAG